CUUUAAAUUUUGACAUUUUACCACUUUUAGUAAGGUUUUUUUUUGCUAUUUUGCAAUUAAUUUUACUCUCUGUUUUUUGUGUUCAAUUUGAAGAUUGUGGGAAAUUACCUUCACCAUCUAAUGGUACAAUCAGCUAUGUCUCAAACAUGACUACAUUUGCAUCUAAGGCAGAAUAUAUAUGUGACAAUGGCUAUCAAUUGAAUGGGUCUGACACUAUAGAAUGCAAGGACACUGGGGAAUGGAGCGAUCAUACAACAUAUUGUCAAAUAAAAGACUGUGGACUAGUAUCACCCCCAACAAAUGGUGAUAUAGUUUUUCAUCAGAACAGUACCGUUUACGGUUCAAAUGCUACAUACAUCUGUGAUGAGGGCUACAACAUGAUUGGUCAAGCAAACAUAAAAUGCGAAGCUUCAGGAGACUGGGAUAACAAAACAACAUAUUGCAAAAUAAAAGACUGUGGACUAGUAUCACCCCCAACAAAUGGUGAUAUAGUUUUUCAUCAGAACAGUACCGUUUACGGUUCAAAUGCUACAUACAUCUGUGAUGAGGGCUACAACAUGAUUGGUCAAGCAAACAUAAAAUGCGAAGCUUCAGGAGACUGGGAUAACAAAACAACAUAUUGCAAAAUAAAAGACUGUGGACUAGUAUCACCCCCAACAAAUGGUGAUAUAGUUUUUCAUCAGAACAGUACCGUUUACGGUUCAAAUGCUACAUACAUCUGUGAUGAGGGCUACAACAUGAUUGGUCAAGCAAACAUAAAAUGCGAAGCUUCAGGAGACUGGGAUAACAAAACAACAUAUUGCAAAAUAAAAGAUUGUGGACCUCGAACGCCAAGGAAUGGCUCUGUUGAAUUAUCAAAUGGAACCUCAUAUCAGUCAUUGAUGACCUUCAAAUGCGACGAAGGUUUCGACAUGAAUGGAACGAAAACAUCUGUAUGCCAAGCUAACAGUAAAUGGAGUCAUGAAGUCCCACAAUGUAUCAUAAAAGACUGUGGUGAACCGAAAUGGCCAAACCAAGGAAAGAUUUUAUCCAAAACAGGCAAUAAAUAUAACGAUUACGUUACAUACAGCUGUAACCAAGGAUACGAAACAUCUGACCCCGUUUUGGUCACAUGUAACUCAAGUGGUAACUGGAGCAGACCUGCCCCUGUUUGCAAAGACAUUAAUGAAUGUACUCGUUACACAAACGACUGUCACUUACAAGCUAUCUGUAACAACACUGAUGGAACUUUCACAUGCCAGUGUCGUGAAGGGUUCACCGAUAAUUCCACGAAUGGGCAACAAGGCCGGGAUUGUCAAGACAUAAAUGAGUGUGCGGAUUUGAAGAAAAUUCAAUGUUACAAGGAUCGUUCACGGUGUGUUAAUUACCUCGGAGGGUACGUUUGUUUUUGUCAUGAGCAAUUUCCCAAAAGAAAUAUGGAUGAUAUUGAUUAUGUUCCCGAUAUACCAUUAAGACGGGCCUCAAUGGAUAAAUCCUGUAACAGUUUUGGGGUCAAGGUUCUUGAUCUUUGUAAAGCAAACAAUUUGCGCAUUGUUAACGGUCGUCUAUUUAAUGAUAUGUCUGGAAGUGAUGUGUUACAGGAAAGGAAUCUUGACGCAGAAAGUUUUUGUAGUAGCCAUGAUUUUAAUAAUUUAGAUUGUUGUUUUGAAGAAUUAGACAAAACUAUAACUGUACAAGAAAUUUAUAAUGCUGCCAAAGAACUAAAAAAGGGAAAAUCGCCUCAAGAAUUACAAAUGCAUUUAGAUAAAUUAUAUGAAUAUUGUAAAAGUUGGGGAUUAGAAGUAAAUAUAGAUAAAACUAAAAUUGUUGUAUUUAGGAAAAGAGGCGGUUUACUAGGAAAUGAGUUUUGGACAUAUGAUGGUGUGGUAUGUAUCUAA